GGAAAGGCAGUUCAGUAGUGUGCUUCUCGACUUUCUUCAUUCUUCUCGGAGAUUGGAUUUUCACGGUGGCCAUGACGGUGGACGACGACAGCUCGAUAUACGUCGGCGGUCUUCCUUACGAUGCAACGGAGGAUAGUUUGCGCAGAAUCUUCGAUUUGUACGGCGCCGUCGUCGCUGUUAAGAUUAUCAAUGAUCGUUCUACUAGGGGAAAGUGCUAUGGCUUUGUUACUUUUACAAACCCUCGAUCUGCUAUUGAUGCCAUAAAAGACAUGGAUGGAAGGACUAUUGAAGGGCGGGUUGUCCGAGUUAAUGGAGUGAAGAGUCGACUUGGUGGAAGGUUUGGUAAGGAAGGUAAUCGGUUCGAUGCAGAGAGGGACGUGAGCUGGGAGAGGGAUAGAGAUCGAGGGAGGGAUUAUGAUCAUGAUAGGUAUCGUCAUAGAGGUAGAAACAAUGACUGGUCUAGAGAUCAUGAUCGGUCUCGAGAACAUGAUUUGGACAAGGAAAGAGGAUAUAAGCAUUCACAAGAUCGUGAUCUACCAAGGGAUCAAUUUUUGGAUAGGGAGCCAGAGUUGGAAAAAACUUCAAAGGAUAAUGAGAAGGUACAUGACUUGAAGUUGAACCACGAUCAAGAUUGGGAAAAAGAUCAUGGUGCUGAUUUGAGUGGAGGCAGAGGCAUUGAUAAAACUGAUGAUUAUGAUAAAAGCCUUGACAAUGACAGAGAUCAAGUCUUAAGAAGAGAUAAAAGCCUUGACAAUGACAGAGAUCAAGUUUUAAGGAGAGAUAACGGUCUUACAAUUGAAGGUCGAACUGCACGGGAUCUUUCAUCUGAUUCUAGUGAUGAUUAUAUCCAUGAAUUAAAGGAACAACUGGAGAUAUCAACAGAAAGAUUGGAAGAACUUAGAAAAGAGGUUUCUCAAAUAGAGGAGAGGUCAGGAGAGAAAGAAAAACUUGUGGUUGAGUUGCAAAAGAAAGCCAAGAAACUGGAAGAUGCAUUGAUCAGUGCAAAGAAGCGCUCUUCAUUCCGUCAGACGCAGCUGAUCAAGCUCCAUAAAAGUUUUCUGCUAGUAAAGGAUUAUUCUAAGAGACUUAAGACCAGUGAACAAGAACUUCAGGCUCUUGUUGAAUCAACUGCAAUAGAGAGUGAUGUUGGAUGAAGUAUGAAGUUCCAACCAAUUUCAAUUUCAAUUUCAAUCUCUGUACAAGCUGCAUCGUGCUUAUUUUGUUGGCAUGCAACUCUUCACCGUGGUCGGCACCUUCACAGUCUUUUGUUCAUACUAAUGACAAGUUGUGAUGUAGAAAUAGAAUUCUAUGUAACCUAAUUUUCCCAAGAUUAAGCUGUCCAUUCAUUUCAUGGUUUGUUCACAAUCAACUAAGCACAUGUGUUUACUCACUCUGUCAAGUUAAAUAGGUAACAGUUAUAUUUCAAAAUUAAAUCUAUCAUCCAAGUAGUUUUUCCACCUUGCCUGAAAUUCCUUCCCAUGAAUGGAAUUUUAAAGUUUAGGUUGUAACCCUUUUCCGAUAACAUCUCUACACAUUUCAAACCGAAUUCCAUACCGGUAUUUCGUUACA